ACAUUUAAAUGGCUCCACUCGGGACCGUGAACCUUAUUGCACGUUAAUAACAUAUUCACGGCAAUUUAUGAGGAAAUACACGGUUAAAACUAUUCCAGGCGUUCUAUAGCUUGUUCGUCUUUACAAAAGUGUCUGGAUUCGUGCGUAACUUUAGCUAAAAUGAGCGAAGAGGACCAGUAUUUGCAGAAGGCUAAAGCCGGGUUUGAAGACUUGUGUCGCGCUGUGAAUAUGGACGAAGAGGCGAGCACCGAAGCCUGGAAAACGUACGAAAAUAUCAGCAGGAAUUUCACUCUGGAGGGAGAUGAGAGACACUGGUUGGUGUGUGCUCUGUAUGUUGCCUGUCGUUCUUCAGUCCCCACUGUGAGCAAAGGCACGUCUGAGGGAAACUAUGUGUCUCUGACCAGGAUCCUGCGCAGCGCCCCCAUGAGCCUGAUUGAGUUCUUUAACAAGAUGAAGAAGUGGCAGGACAUGGUGAACUUGCCUGAGGACUUUUGUCGGAGCACAGACAAACUGGAAAGAAACUUCACUGUCUCUGCCGUCAUCUUCAGGAAAUACGUGCCCAUUUUCAAAGCCAUUUUCAAAGCUCCGAGUGAAGAGCCUGCCCGAGUCCACCGCAGCAGGAAGCAGAGACGACACCCCUGCACUGUGCCUGAGCUCUUUCACUUCUGCUGGGUUCUGUUUGUCCAUGCCAAAGGAAACUUCCCAAUGAUCAGCGAUGACCUGGUGAACUCGUACCACCUGCUGCUCUGUGCGGUGGACCUGGUGCUCUGCUGCGCUCUCUACUGCCCCUGCAGGAAGGAGCUGCUUAACCCCAACUUCAGAGGUCUCCCGGAGGACUUCAGCUCUAAGGACUUCAGGCCCUCAGCUCCUCUCUGUUUCCUGCAGCCUCUUUGUGACCUGCACCAUGGCCUGAUCCUCGAGGCUAAAGGCGUCAAAGAACACUUCUGGAAACCAUUCAUCAAGAAGCUAAUGCACAAAAGGAUUCUUAGGGGUAAAGAGGACACGCUGACUGGGUUUCUGGAUCCUAUGAACUUUGGAGACAGUUUUACAGGGUUGAAUCGUGCUUAUGAGGAGCAUGUAUUGGCCUCUGGAGGUUUGGAUGAGAGAAUCUUCACUGGAGACGGAGCGAGAGAGGACAUCGGAACCCCAGGACCCUGUCUGUGUGAGGGCGAGGAGAACCAGGACAACGCCACCUACAGGCUGCACUCCAGUCUCACUGCAUCUGCUCUGAAGGUGUCCACUCCUCUGACUGGGAGGAAGUACGUGCAGGAGAACAGUCUCUGUUCUCCCAUCUCCGCUGCUCUGAAGAGUGUGGGCCGUCUGCAUACGCUUCUGUCAGGGACCAAACAGGGACCCAGCCACAAGCUCUCCAGCAUACUCAAAGCAUGUACCAGAGACCCCACAGAAUGCAUCAGUCUGCGUUUGAAGGAGAUGGCUGAAACUUUCUCUCAACAUUUUGAGAGCAGUGCAGAGGAAAGCAGAGGCAUGGGCAAAGACAUGGCGGUGAAAUACUUUGGUCUGGCGGAGACUCUAUAUUACAGAAUUCUGGAGUCCAUCAUCGACAGAGAAAAGGGGAUCCUGGGAGAAACUGAUCUAUCUAGUGUCUUUGAGCAGGACCUGUUCCAGCGCUCUCUCGUCGUGUGUUGUGUCGAGAUCGUCCUCUUUUCCUACAGACCUCCAGGAGAUUUCCCCAAAGUCAUCAACAUCUUCAGCCUCCCAGCGUUUCACUUCUAUAAGGUGAUCGAGGUCUUGGUCCGGUCAGAGCAGAGCCUGUUUCGGGAAGUGGUCAAACAUUUGAAUCAGAUUGAGGAGCAGGUUUUGGACAGUUUGGCAUGGACCCGGGACUCUCCUCUGUGGGACAGUGUGAAGGCCAACAAGGACCAAGUGCCCUCCUGUAAAGAGGUGAUGCCUCCUCAGUACCUAGAGCAGAGUGAAGAGAGCAGCUCUGUGGCCCUUCCUUUGACCCCAGUGAACCAGGGACCAGACCUGAACUCAAACAGCACCAGCAAAGGAGUUUCACCAUCACCCACGACUCUUAUGGACCGCUACAGCUCUCCUCCGGCCACCUUUAAACGACGCCUGUUUGUGGACCCUCCAGAGACCAGCCCCAAAAUCCCCUCUUCCUCAUCCCCUGUCCCACCCAGAACAGUGUCCUCUCUUCCCUCCUCUCUCCCCUCUCUCUCCCCCUCUGCCCAAGGAAAGACAACCAUCGUGAGCUCCAUCCCCUCCGGACAGACUGUGGUGGCUACGGCAACUUACUCAGCUAACAAUGGACAGACCCUGACUAUACCUGUGCCCGGGAUAGCCAAUCAGAGUGGAGGUAUUACGUUCAUUCUCCCCGCCCCUGUGAAUGUAACGCCACAGGGAGGAGCCACUCUUCAGCCAAUCACAGCACAGGCAUUAACCGGGACUUUCACCGUCCAAUCUGCUGUGGCCAAACCAGUUGCCAAAACGUCACCAAAGCCCAAUGCUAGCCCCGCCCCCAGCGCUGUGAAGAAGGGGUCCCUUUCUCUGUUCUUCAGGAAGGUGUACCAUUUGGCUUCUGUUCGUUUGAGGGACUUGUGUGUAAAGCUGGACAUUGGGUCAGACCUGAGGAGGAAGAUCUGGGCAUGUUUUGAGUUUUCUCUGGUUCACUGCACUCAGCUUCUCAUGGACCGACACCUGGACCAGCUGCUCAUGUGCGCCAUCUACGUCAUCGCCAAGGUGACAAAGGAGGACAAGUCUUUCCAGAACAUCAUGAAGUGCUACCGGACACAGCCACAAGCUAACAGCAAUGUUUACAGAAAUGUGCUGAUCUCAGAAAGGACAAGACCAACAAGCACCAAAAUAAACUCUAAUGAAACCAGCCAGGAGACAGGUGGAGAAAAAAGUCCAGUGCCCUCUCUCUCUCCCACCAACAACAAACAACCCAUCUCCUCAUCUCCAACCAAUUUAAAUACUUCUACUAAUACUUCUACCACUACCAAUACUACUAAUACUGAUACUGACACCGCUAUUGGGGAGGAGAGAGGAGACCUGAUUCACUUCUACAAUAACGUGUACAUUAAACAGAUGAGACACUUUGCUCUUCGAUUCUCUCCCGGCUCUGGCUCUGCUGCAAACUCUCCCCCCGUGGUGCCGUACCCCAGUCUGAGGAGUGGCUCCCCCCGCAGGAUGCUUCUGUCCUCCAAACACUCCAUCUAUAUCUCACCUCACAACCUCAACUCCACACCGCCACCUAAAGACAAACUCUGCUACUACAUCGGCAGCAGUCCACCUCAUCGCUUACAGGAGAUCAACUCUUUGAUCCGGUCUGGAGAGAGUCCAAGCAGAAAGCGCCCCCUGUGUGCAGAAGAGGAAACUGCGCCCAAGCGCCUGUGUCCUGACAGCUCUGCUCUGCUACGACGGCUCCAGGAUGUGGCAAACGACCGCAACUCCAACCACUGAGAGGCGCCAUGGAGUGGGACAUCAUAAAUACAACAAGAGAUUUUUAGAGCUGUAAUUAUCUGGAACUUCAAAUACCACCUUUAAAUGUUUGGCUGUACAAGUCAAAAUAAUAAGAACAAUAAUUUCAAAAAUGAACUACUCCUACCCAGGACUCUUAAAAGCUUCAAGCUAAGACUAAAGUCCUUCAGGUUUAGUCCUGUUUUAGUCCUGGUUUACCCUUGGUUUAGCCUUAGUUUAGACCUGGUUUAGUUCUGGUUUAGUCUGGUUUCAUUCUAUAUUAUAUCCUGUUUUAAUCCCCUAACUUUACACUUUUGUAAAGAAAAAUUGCAAAAUACAGUAAUGACCUGUCACAACAGUGAUAUUAGUGAUAACAACAGUGUCUUAUUUUAUAAUCACACUGUUUUUGGUUUAUUCUUGUGAGACAAUCCAUUUUAUUAUAAAUCUUCAACUAAAAUAACAAUUCUAGCACUUAAUGUUACCUUUUAAAUAAAACAGCUCAUGUUCAUCAGCAAAGAUAAAAGUGCACUAUGUAAUUUUUGGGGUGGAGCCACCUGCUUGUCUCUAUGGAGAUGUAAUUGCUUUGCCUGCAAUGUUCCACAGUAUGGCAUUAGCUAGUGCCCAAUUACAGGUCAGAUCUGUCAAGUGGGAACUUUUAGCACCAACAACACUAGGGAUUGAAUAGGUUUAAUGUCAAGCUGUGGAACAUUCUAGUCAAAACAUCUCCAUGGAGACAAGCAUGGUGGCAAAUCUCCCAACAGAAAAGUUACACACUGCACCUUUAACAAACAUGUUAUCAAUAACUUUGACACCUUAAAAUCACAUACAUUUUUAAACAUUGACUGAAAUCGGUUGAAUGAAGUUUUUUUUAAUUUUUUUUAUAAACUACUGAAAUUAUUAUUGACUUAAAUAAUAGUUAUUUGAAGUCUAAAGAAAAAUAUGUUAAUAAGUUAAUCAAGAACAAUGUAAUUUGAAUUGGGAAUGCCCCUUAUUUGUAUUCAACAUGAAACCUCCAAGGGGCCUCUUUUAGCCUUAAAGGUACACUGUGUAAACUUUCUGGUGGACAAUCUCAUCUGCUCGUCUCCAUGGAGGUGUUAUUUUUUGCCUGGAAGGUUCCACAGUGACAGUGUGGUAUUAAACAUCUGUCUUGUCUGCCAUGAAGAUAAGCAGGUAAUGCCAGAUCUGUGUACAUGCAAGCCCACUCACAAGAAUGUAUGUUUUUCAGAGCAUCAAAAACAUCUGUAAUUUAGUAAAUGUAAGAUAAGGAAUUUUAACACCAUAUGGUGGAACAUUCCAGUCAAAGCAAUAUGGAGACAAGCAGAUGAUGGACCCUUCCCCAAAAUGUUCCAGUAUAAAUAAUGGUUUGACUAGUUAAUCAGCUGAAAAAAUAAGCACCGACUAGUUGACUACUAAAAUAAUUGUUAGUAGCAGCAGUACUUUUUGUAUUAUCACUUUGAUUACUUACACAUUUACAGAAGCAUAGAGCAGGCUACAGCUUAUACACAUGUUUACUCACAUCUUAAAAGUGCUUAUGGCAGGUUUGACUACUCAUUUCUCUAUCAUUAUAUUUAAGAUUUUACUAAAAAUCUUAAAUAUAAUGAUGUUAACUAUCUUUUUAAUUUAUUUAUAAUUUUACUUCCUGGUUGGACAUCGUAGAGGCAUGUUACCAAUCAUAAUGUUAAAAAGGGUAGACAUAGGUUCUUGUAUUUUUGUGCUUUUCUUCCUAACUUUUUUCCACAAACUGUCACUUAACUGAUGUAAAACUACGAUAAAUAUUGACCACCGGUACUAUCUCAGAAAAAUUCUAAAAACAUGAAAACCUGUCAUAUGCACCUUCAUUGUUUUAAUGCUUUCUCUGUUCUGUUCUAAUGUAAUAAACCAUCACCAGUGUUCUUCAUUUGUGUAGAUUGUAAAUAUGUGUAAAAUAUAGAGAUUUAAAGCUAUUUUAUUAUGGACAAUGCAGUUAUUAUGAAGUGCCUGUUUUUGUAUUUCUGAGACACAACACAACGACUUUGCUGUAA